AUGACCUCGGAUAGUUCUUCACCGACUGCAACAGAAGAAAUUCGAUUACUCCUUAUCGGACCUCCUAAAACAGGCAAAUCUUCUAUUGCUAACAUCCUAGCCGGUCUAAAUGUAUUUCCAGUUGGUAUAUCAAGUUCUGUUAAUUCUGCAACACCAACAACACAAUCGAGACAUUUUACUAACAAAAAAAUCCUUGUCGGCAAACAUCUACUCGUCGUCGAUGCGCCCCCUUUAUUUAUUCUAAAAGAUUCGACAUCUAACGAUCAAGACAUGAGACGACUCGCUAAAUGCGUGGCAUUAGUCAGUCCAGGUCCACAUGCAAUCUUCCUUAUUCUUAGCUGUGAUGAUGCCAAAAACGAACGAUUCGACAUGAAACAAAUUGUCACUACUGUCUUCGGUGCUGAAGCCUUAGACCAAUCUAUCGUUGUUUUUUCAUUUAUUGAUCGUCUUCAACAGAAAGGCAUGUCGGUCGAUGAUUGGAUAAAUAAAGAAUGCAAACAACAAGCACUACUUGAAGCGUGCGGUCAUCGAUAUUUAGUCAUUGAUUCGUCUCACAAUGAUCAAAGUAGACAUAUAGAUUUUCUCAAUCGUUCGCUGACCAUGUUAAAUGAAUUAUGGAAACGCGAACGAAUUUUCAAAUCAAAGAUGUUCGACGAUAUUGAACAAGAAAUUCAACGACAAGAGAAGAAUCGAUGGGAUCUAUUCCAAAAGAAAUACGUGCCGAAUUUUCAAGGCUCAGAAAAAGCAUUUCGUCUUCUCUUACGCGAACAUAUGCGCGAUGAAUUAGAACGCGAGCCGAUUGUUGCUGAAGCGGAUUAUCUCGUCGUUGAAAAAUAUCUACAACCGAUCGUCAAAUCAUUGUUACAAGAAGUCGAACGUUAUCUCGAAGAAGAAAUCGUCAGUACUUAG